CUUCCCCCCAUCGACAUUUUGUCAGUGAUCCACACCGCCAGCCAUGACCAAGGACGAUUUGGAAGUUCAGGAGCAGCACAUCGAGGAGUCCGAGAGCGACGAUGAACUCCCCGAGCUUGAGGGCAAGAACAUCAGCCGCAGCGAAGCCAAGGCCCGCAAGGCUAUGGCCAAGCUCGGCCUGAAGCCCAUCACCGACAUCUCCCGUGUCGUCAUCAAGCGCUCCCGCAACAUCAUCUUCACUAUCGCCCGCCCCGAUGUCUACAAGUCUGUUGGUGAUGUCUACAUCGUCUUUGGCGAGUCCAAGGCCCAGGACAUCAGCGCCCAGCAGGAUGCCGCCAACAAGCAGUUCCAGGCCAGCGAUCUUGCCGCCGACAUGGAGAGCUCCGAGGAGGUCGUCCCCGCUGCCCCCGAGGCCGAGGCUGACGAUGACGAGGCCGUCGAUGAGGAGGGCGUUGAGGACAAGGACAUUGAGCUUGUCAUGCAGCAGGCUGGCGUUUCCCGGGCCAAGGCUGUCAAGGCUCUCAAGAACAACGGCAACGAUAUCGUCAACGCCAUCAUGGAGUUGACCAUGUAAAGUGGAAGGGCUCAUCUGAUGAAUAUCAAAUAAAUUCUUGUUCAACUCUG